CAUUUGCUCUUCAACGUACCCGCUCCAAAUCUGCUGAGGCCCAAAACGGCAAAUCAGUUUAAACUUUCAAGUUUCAACAGAUUUUCCACCAUACGACUGAAUUAGCAAUACGAAAAUUCAAACGCAAUUGCUGGAUUUGGCUUGGGCAAUAAUAAUGGAACCUCCGUUCUCAUCGAGAAGAGUUGAUACAGAAGAUCACCGCGAACUGAAUUUUGGAAUUAGAAUCCCUUGGUUUGAUUGUAAUCAGUAAGUUAUUAUUGUUCAUCAGCCGAGUUUCUGUUUUGACUGCUUAAUUUGUGGAUUUGAUUCCCUUUGAAAGUGAUAGGGAGGAGAUAUUGCUAGUAAACUUGUCUCCAUAUCAGUUAUGUAGAUGUUCUUACCGGGGUUUAUAAUGUCACCCAUUGCAAUAAGAUUUUGGGUUUGAUGCUCACGGUAUCACAUUCUUAUUUUGAUUAAUUUCAUUUUCAUAACCAGUCUUCUCUUUACCUAUUCUAUUGUUUUGCCCCACUCUCCCAAUUCUGUCCAUUGUGCUACUAACUCUGCCCCACUCUUCAACCUGUUGAGUUAUUUCACUCCUUUAAAAAAAAAAAAAAUCCAUUCUUUACGUAUUGUAAUGUUUUGGGUCCCUCUCUGCAUCAAGUCAGUCCACCGAGCAACUAACUCUGAUUAACACACACUUCUUAGCCUGUUAUGCCUACUUUCUUUACUCCAACUAUAUUCUUCUACCUGUUGAGUCAUUUCAGUUUUUAAGAAAAAAAAAGGAGUUAAGAUAUGCGUGUGGAAGAAGUCAUGAACUGCAAUGCUGAGAUUCUAUCAUUUAUGUAAACUAUAAAUCUUAUUUCUUGGAAACGAUCACAUCCGCCAGACUGCCUCUUCGUUUGGCAGCAUGUUAAUCAUUUUGCUGGCACUAUAAUCAGUGGCGGAGCCACAUACAGAGUUUAAGGCUGGCAUGAGGCACACAUCUCAUGAUGAUGAUCUCAAGCAUCCCUUAUAAAGACAUGUUCUCUUUGCGGGGAAUGGGUUCGUUGGUGCUGUUGAUCGCAGCAUAAACUUGGAUGGAGGGAUUACUGGCUUUAGCUUGGAAGUUUGGUUUGCAAUGUCUUUUGCACAUCCAGAAGUCCAGGGGGAGCUCUGGGCGGAGACGACAUACAGUCAACCUUUGCCAAUCAAUGGAAGUUGAGACACUCAUAAACAAGUCAAUCAGCAUUUUGGUUGUGGAUGAUGAUGUUGUUUGUCUUUCCAUUGUUGCUAUGAUACUCAAGAAAUGUAAAUACCAAGUUAUGACUGUCAAACAUCCAAUGGAUGCUUUGUCUAUACUUCGGAUCAAAGGCGGCUCUUUUGAUCUCGUUGUCGUCGAUGUGCACAUGCCUGAUAUGAAUGGCUUUGAACUUCAACAAGUGAUAACCGACGAAUUUGAGCUACCUGUUGUUUUGAUGUCAGCUGAUGACAAAGAAGGUACGAUCCUGAAAGGACUAGACGGUGGGGCUGCAUUUUUCCUUAAGCCUAUAUCAGUAGAUGAUCUAAGAGAUCUAUGGCAGUACACACUGUUGCAGAAGAAGAAAGGUAAAAGAGUUGUUCUUGAGGAAAUCGAUUGUUUGGAGAAAAGUUCCAAUUGCAAUAAGAAAAGCCUUCAUGAAGUCGGAGAAUCUGCAUCAUCUAUCAAUGAAAAUUACUAUCAACAUAUCAAGAAGGAAAAAUCUAAGAGGAAACCUGCAAGAACACAGAGGAAUGCUGAUAAAGAUAACAGUGGUAAUUCUGCUGCACUAUUUAAAAAGGCUAAGGUUGUGUGGACAAGUUCACUACACAACAAGUUCUUGGAAGCCAUCAGAGACAUUGGAUUUGACAAAGCUGUGCCAAAAAAGAUUCUUGAUCAAAUGAAAGUCCCUGGAUUAACUAGAGAAAAUGUUGCCAGCCAUUUGCAGAAAUAUCGUAUUUUCUUGGAACGAGUCUCUGAUGCAUGCUGUAGAAUACAAGCUGCUGACACAAACUUAGCCAUUAAGGCUGUUCAAUCAACUUUUGCAUCAGGAAUGCUCAGUCAGGAAAAAAUUGGACUGCAGAAACAGUUCUCUGAAAACACCACUAACCCCCGGUCAUUGAUUCACACUGCAAACAACGGCAGUUCGUCUUUCAGAACCCAGCAAACAAGACAAGCUAUACCGUUAGGAUAUGAACAAGCACAGUUGUUUCUCAAUGAAGGUAUUUUGGGUAAUAUAACACAUAGCAAUGAGAUUCCACUGUAUAAGGCGAAUCAGUUGACUAGCACAAUGAAAGCAAACAACUAUCAAACGGGAACAUCGGCUUAUGAAGAUAUUUCAUCUCAGCUCAUGAAUGGUACUACUUCAACUCAAGUUCGUAGAAUGCUUUCUAGAGUUCCUGCCAAUAGGUUAUCUGAUAGGAACUUACUAGCAUUAGGGACCAAUGGUAUCACAAAGCACGCUACCCUUAACGGGAAUUUGAACUUUCUUCAUGAUGGCUUUGCUGAUGACCAGUGUGGUACCAAUUUCACCCAAAAUAACGAUGCUGAUGAGGCAUCUACUCUUUUUGCUGGUCUCAUGAACUUCAUUGGUAAAAGCCAACAUGACUCUGAACAAUGUUUGGCUCAAGAGGCAUCUUCUUCGGUUGGAUUUGAUGGAGAAAAGCAAUGCUCUGCCAUAUUGUCUGAUCAUAUUGAUGAAGACACUUCUAUGCAACUACCAUCAUUUGUUAACGAUGUUUGCAGGGGGCAAGAAGUCGAUGCUACGCUCAAUCCAGUAUGUAACUUUUCUGAGUUUCACAACAUUAAUGCUACACAGCAAUCACGAGGCAUUGGUGAUCUUAGUGUUCCUUUCGUGAAUCAAGGGAACGUUCAACCUCAUCAGCAAUCAGGGGAGGACUAUUUGCAAUGGUUUGGCCAAAUACCAUUCAAGCAACAAGAGCACAUAGGUCAUAGUGAACCUGCGGAGGAUGGCAUGUCUCAGCUCCAUAAUGUCUUCUCAUAUCCUACUGAGCAAUGUAAAAAUGAACAGUUUUUGGAGCUGGUGCUUGCUUCAAGCCCUUAUGAAGGUGAUCAAAACCCAGACGGACUUUAAAGCCAUUGCUGAUGUAGAUACUGCUAGUAUGUCAUAAACACUUUUACUGAAUAGUCAAUACUAGCUGUAUGAGCAAAAAAAAAUAUUUAGUCCGAGAAUAUAUUUAGAAGAACAGUUUUACAGCAACAAAAACUGUCGGUGCUAGUCUGCUAGAGACACUUUUAAUUUAUUGCAGCGGUCGGAUUAUUUUGUUACAACAUGUUGCAGGAAAAUCAUGGCAUAUGUUAAUUUUAAUAUUUGCAAACAGACAGAAGAUUCGUAGCAAUAGUGUAUUCUAAUUUAUUGGAAUACACCAUAUUCGUCAC